UAUAUAUGCAUGCAUGCAUAAGCAAAAAAAUAUAAAGGUUGAAAGAGAGAGCUUUCAUGUUUCAAAAAACUCUCCAACAUCAAAGGAAAAAAAGAUGAAAGGAUGGGAUAAUUUUUCGUCGAGUAAAUUGGAAAUAAUCGAAGAUAUUGCCGUGAUUGUUGGAUUGGUUAUUGUGCAGUUUCUCUAUGCAGGGAAUUCAAUCUUGAUUAGCUAUCUCUUGAAGCUCGGCAUACACGAUUCCACUCUUAUCGUCUUCUCCACUUUCGCCACCUUCGUUGUUCUCUCUCCUCUCUCUAUCUUAUUCGAAAGGAAACAAUGGCCUACAAAGUUAACUUACAAGCUGUGUGUUCAGUUGCUUCCCACUUUCUUUUGGAGGAUUUGCAGGGUGACUGUAUUUCAGACAUUGUUCAUGAAGGGAGUUAAUCUCACUUCACCAGCAAUGGCAACAGCUAUGCCAAAUCUUGCACCUGGUCUCAUAUUUUUCAUUGCAUGGGCCUGCAGAUUAGAGAAAAUAGAGUUAGGAUGCAGAUACAGCAGAGCAAAGAUUGCAGGGACAUUACUAUGUGUAUUUGGAGCUGUUUUCAUGAGUCUGAUGCAAAGUACUCACGAGAAAACCGCAAAGGAGGCUAAAAUUGCGUUUUUAUCACCGCCAGCUGAAUAUACCGUUUUCGACAAGAAAACGAUCAUCGGUUGCUUAUAUCUCAUUGCAGCAGUUUUCGUCUUGUCCAGCCAAGUCGUUUUGCAGGCGAUAACGUUGCGCGAUUUCCCUGCAUCCAUAUCUUUGUGUGCACUAACAUCGUUCAUCGGUGUGGUGAUUACCGCAAUUGUUCAAGUUGUUGAAGAUCAAAAAUGGGAUUUUGGAUGGCCUAUUUUGAGUAUUCAAGAAAUGAUUGCCUACUCCAUUUUGGCAGGGAGUAUAAGUGGAAUAUGCAUAAGCUUCAAUGCAUGGGCAAUGAAGAAAAGAGGUCCAGUUAUGGUUUCCAUAUUCAAUCCCCUUGGAACUGUCAUUUCUUCUUUCUUCUCUGUUAUUACCUUAGGUGAAUCCAUUCGCGUCGGAAGCCUCGCGGGUAUGUGUCUGAUGUUCACCGGUCUGUAUUUCGUGCUUUGGGCUAAAACAAAGGAAGGUUUUCCGAUCGAUGAAAGCGCCAUUGAAGCUGAGUACGACGUUGAGAAGCCGCUUCUAGCUUGAUUUUUAGUUUCAUUUCGAGAAAAAAAAACGAUGAUUUAAUUCGGUGUUUUCUUUAGUGUGUUUGAGGAAAAUUAUAAGGUAGAAAGAAGUGGUAAUAUGGUGUGUAUUGUGAAAUUUCAUGUGAUUUAGUUUAGCACUGGUAAUUCAGUUUUGAGAUGUGGAACUCAAACAAAGUUAUUUCUAGCUUCUAAUUAUAGUGUUGAUAGAUA